AUGCUGUCCGCCGCUCGUCGCCUGCCGACCACCGCUGCGGCUCGUCGUGCUGCCAUCUCGGUAGCUCACCACCGUGCUCCUCGAGCUAGCGCUGAAAAUCAAAGUCGCUCAUUUUUUGGACUCCGUGACUUGUUUUUCGGCGCCAAAAAGCUGUCAGAGGAGGAAGAGGAAGUCGCUAAGACAACUCAGACUCAAACUCAGCAGCCCAAGAAAGAGAAGGAGCUGGUGGUCGGCAGCUUAGAUGCGACUUCCUACAAAGUGGGCAAGCUUGCAAAGCUCGCGGACGGCGCCGUGCUUGCCUCGUGUGGUCGCACAGUACUGCUUACGACUGUCGUAAGCGGCGAUCACCAUGGCAACCCGUCAGUCAAUGGCGGUUCCACCCAGCGCGACUUCCUGCCACUCACCGUGGACUUCCGUGUCAAGUCACAUGCUGUGGGUCUUAUCCCAGACAACCAGAAGCGCCGCGAGUUCACCGGCAGUGACGAGGAAGUGCUGCAAUCCCGCGUGGUGGACCGCGCCAUCCGUCCGCUUUUCCCACGCGACUACUGCGAGAACACACAGGUGCUAGCGACCGUGCAGUCGUACGAUCCCAACAAUGAUCCGCUGGUAGUGGCAGUUAACUCGGCGUCUGCGGUUCUGAGCAUGUCUGACAUCCCGUGGGACGGACCGGUUGGCUGUGUGCGUGUAGUUGAGGUGGAUGGACAGCUGGUGGUCAACCCGACCGCCCCACAACGUGAAGCAGCUACGAUGGACGUCCUGUAUGCUGGUACAGCUGAGCAUGCCAUAAUGGUGGAAGCUUCAGGUGACGAGGUGACGGAGGCGCGUCUUGACGAGGCAUUGGAUCUGGCACACACCAAUGCCGUGUCGGCAAUCGAAGAGCAGAAGAAACUAGCAGCAGAACAUGGCAAGACGAAGCGCGAGUACUCGCCGCUGUUCAUUGCGCCGGAAGUGUGGGCCAAGGCGGAGGAACUGGGACGCGCAGAUGCUGAGGCGUUGAUCGCCAGUGGUCGCGUCAAUAAACUCGCUCGCCAGGAAGGAGAGCGUGAAGUCUACAACAAAAUGCUUACAGGGAUGCGUCAACACUUCGCUACCGCGAAUCCUCCAGUGGACGACGCUGCCAUCCAACGUGCAGCUCACGACACGUUCCAGCGUGUGCUGCGUGAGCGUAUUCUGACCAUUGCGAAGGAGACGAAGAAGAACAAACCCGUGCGACUCGAUGGUCGUCCGGUUCGCAUCGUGCGUCCGCUUGAGAUGAAGGCUGCAGUGCUUCCUAUGGCGCACGGUUCAUCUCUAUUCGCUCGUGGUGAGACGCAGACGCUGUGUUCUGUGACGCUGGGGCCUCUGGAGCGUGGCAUUCGUCUUCGCGGUGCACUGCACGAAGCACGUGAACAAGCAGAACGUGAUGCUCCCGCACCUUUCAAACACGCCAUGCUGCACUACGAGUUCCCGCCCUUCUGUGUUAACGAGACCGGUCGUGUGGGCGGAACUAACCGCCGUAUGAUCGGCCAUGGUGCUCUGGCCGAGAAGGCUGUGCUGCCUAUUCUACCGUCGAUCACUGAGUUCCCGUACACUGUCCGCAUGACAUCAGAAGUGGUGGGCUCGGACGGCUCGUCCUCCAUGGCUACGGUGUGUGGUGUUUCCUUAGCCCUCAUGGACGCCGGUGUACCUGUUCGCCGUGCCGUUGCAGGUAUCGCCAUCGGUCUCGUUACUGCUGGGGACCCGUUUGCUUGCCAGGAAAAGCGCAUUGAGGAAGGUAAUUACCAGUUGGUGACCGACAUCCUUGGCUCUGAAGAUCACUACGGCGAUAUGGACUUCAAGGUGGCAGGCACGACAUCUGGUGUGACGGCUCUGCAGCUGGAUGUGAAACUUCCCGGCGGUGUGCCGCUUUUCGUGCUGAAGGAGGGACUGCGUGAAGCCAAGCACGCUCGUCUGCAUAUUUUGCGUCGUAUGAGCAACGAAUUGUCUGAGCCGCGCACAACUCUGAAGUCCAGUGGCAGUGCACUUCCGAACGUGAGUAUUGAGUGCGUGAUCGCCACGAACUUGAUUGGAGCGCUGAUUGGAGUCGGAGGCAGCAACAUUCGCGAUCUGGAGUCGCGUUUCAACGUCUCGGUGAGCAUUGUGGAUCGUCGUGAAGGUAUUGUACGUGUGGUGGGUGCAGCUGGAGACGCGGAGAAGGCUCGCGACUGGAUCCAGACUGAACUCGCUGGAUUUGCCAGCUCCGGUCCGCGUGGGAGCAACGGCAACGACAGUAACAGUAGUCGUGACAAUGACAGCCAAGGCUCCAACAAGGACCGAACGUUCUUCUUCCGUAAGGGAGAGCGCUACACCAUGCACGUGAAGCAGGUUAUGGACUUCGGUGCCAUCCUUGAGGCUUCUUCUGGUCAGCGUGGCUUCGUACACAUCUCGGAGCUCUCGCGUGACAAGGUCAGUAACAUUCACGACGUCGUGUCGGAGGGACAAGAAAUGGAGUUCGAGUGUCUGCAGGACGGAGCAUCGGGCAAAAUGUCGCGUCGUGUGCUGCUGAAUGCCGACGCUAGCGAGGACGCUUCCUCUUCAUCGGAGAACUCCGAGCCGACGACGCCACGUUCGGGUCACCACCACACACGCCGAUCAUCAACACCUUCUAGUGCGUCGAAGCGUCGUCCUAAGAACUCUCGCCGCCCGCGUACUCAGUCCAAGUAG